GGCCUUUAAUUUGUCUCGCUCUCGUACGAUUGUUUCUGCAGCUUUAACUCGGGUUUCAGGACAAGCACGUUUUCAUAGCAAGGUGUCGUCAGCUUAGCAAGGUAGUAACGAUGGCAGAUUCACAAUCUUCUCAACUCCCAGAGGAUGAGCUAACUGUUCCUCGUGCCCCUCUUAACAAGAUGAUCAAGGAAUUACUACCCAAUGUCAGAGUUGCUAAUGAUGCAAGAGAACUCAUUUUAAAUUGCUGUACGGAGUUUAUUCAGUUGGUUUCAUCAGAAGCAAAUGAUAUUUGCAAUAAGCAGGCCAAGAAGACGAUAUCACCAGAACAUGCACUUCAAGCAUUGGACAGCCUUGGAUUUGGAGAUUACCUGCAAGAGUGCAAGUCAGUUCUAGAGGAAUGUAAGACGGUGGCAGCAAAGAAGAGGAAAGCAAGCACUCGUCUUGAGAAUCUUGGUAUACCUGAAGAAGAACUCCUUAGACAACAGCAGGAGCUCUUUGAAAAGGCAAGGCAAGAGCAAGCAGCAAUAGAACACCAAGAGUGGUUGCAGUUGCAGGCAGCACAGGCGGCUCAGGCUCAGCAACAAGGUCUCCAACAAGCUCUCCAACCAGGAAUGCAACCUGUUGCUGCAACAGGGGGCAACUUGCAAUCUUAUCAAGUUGCGGAGGGCAUACCCCAGCACGGAGCUGUGCCUUCUCUCAACCUUCCUAGCAGUGGGGCGGGGCAACUACCCACAGAGUCCGCCAGCAACCAACAGAUCCCGCCCUCAUGACGUUCCUGAUCUAGGAGGGGGCACUCAAUUCUGAUUUAAUCAGAGGAUUUUUAAUGCAGAGACAUAAAGUGUUGGAUCUGUGGAGAAGAAAUCUGGCACCUUCUCAACUGAUGAGGUUCCUUCCCCAUUCAUCAUGGUCUCCUGGGGUCGGUUUCAUUAAACACAAAUUUAUUAACAACAAGUUGUUAUGAUAAACAAGUUGCUAUAACAGUUUAAAGCUACUGAAAUUGUUUAAUCUUAUUGGCUAAUUGUAAACUUGUUAUAGAUGUUGUGCAUUUGUUGUUAUAACAAAUCUGUAUGACAUGGAACCCUGAAGUAGAUUGCUCAGAUGAAGGUAUUAAGGUAAUAUUGUUCUUAAUUCAGAGAUUCGAAUUGUACUUCAUAAUUGAUGGUAGAUUAUUUCUCCAAGUACCCACCUAAAAUCAUGUGGGAUAGAGUUGUGGAUCCAACCUCUUUAUUCUUACAGCAUAACCUUGAAGUCUUCAAA